CCCCGGCGGCGCCAGCCGCCAAUACGAUUUCCUCCCCUCACGUUCAGUUGUUUCGGGUCCGAAUCGAAAUCGAGGGAGCGUGUUAACGCGCAAGAGCGCGGGGACGGCGGCGAUAAAUAGAUCUAGAGGAGACAGACACCGGGAGAGAGAGAUGUCGACCACCCGCCGCUUCCGUGCCCUCGAUACCAGGUAUCAUGGGGCUGCUGGGGCUAAAGCGGCUCAUGUCCAUGCAGAGGGAGCGGAAGGGUCGCCGGCAAAUCCAAGCCCCCAAUGGAUUGAUUACUUCAGUACCCCAGAAAAACGACUCACUCUGCCAAGAUGAUGAUCAUUUUCAGGGUGGUAAAAGAUCAAGAUAUUCAGGGCCAAACCUUCCUGAGGAUAUCUGGUGCCAUAUUCGUUCCCUAGUGCCAUUGCAAGAUGCUGCCCGUUCUGCAUGUGUAUCUCGCACAUUUUUACGUUCUUGGAGAUGCCACCCCAAGCUCAUCCUCAGUAAGAAAACACUGGGAUUAAAACGAAAGGCAUGUGUAAAGGGUGACAGAGCAAGGUGUUUCACUAGCAGAGUUGACCACAUUCUAAAAAAUCACUCAGGCACUGGCGUGAAGUUUCUCAAGCUUGAAAUCCCUGAUUAUUGCAAUGUCACCACUUGUCAUCUCAAUAAUUGGCUUCAGAUUGCUAUCACACCUGGGAUUGAAGAAGUCUCCCUUUUUUACCCUUCAAAUGACAAGGAAGAGUACAACUUCCCAUGCUCACUUUUAUUUGAUGGCCGUGGAAACUCGAUUCGGUAUCUUUAUCUCAACGAUUGCGCCUUCCGUCCCCCGGUUGGAUUUGAUUGUUUGAAAAGCCUGACUAAGCUGCAUCUGUAUGAAGUGCGCAUUACAGGGGAUGAGUUAGGGUGUCUUAUUUCCAAGUCUUUUGCUUUAAAGCAGUUGCAACUCACAUGUUGCAGUGAGCUAAAUUGCCUGAAGAUACCAUUCUGGCUGGAGCGGCUCAGCUGGCUGAGUGUGUUUGGUUGCAACACACUGCAAGUGAUAGAGAGCAAUGCUCCAAAUCUCUCCACUUUUAGAUUCUUUGGUGACCCAGUACACCUCUCACUUAGAGAAUCAUCGCAAGUGAAGAUCCUAAAAAUUGGGUUUUCAGAUAAGCCCAACUCUGUCAGUUAUGCUAUUACCAAGCUUCCUUCCACUGUGCCAAAUCUUGAAAUUCUUACUAUAACUUCAGUUAGUGAGAGGGUUAAUUCACCUAUGGUAGCUGACAAAUUCCUCAGCCUCAAGUACUUGAAGAUUUGUCUUGGUGCUUAUUGUCAGGCCUUUUCCCCAGCCUAUGAUUAUUUGUCUUUGGUUUCGUUUCUGGAUGCUUCUCCUGUCUUGGAGACUUUCAUCUUGGGUGUAUGUCAGGAUGACAUGAAGCAUGAUUCGGUUUUUGGGGAUGCCUCGCAUAUGAGGCAGAGUUCUGGACACAAGCAUGACAGACUCAAGAAGGUGCAGAUCAAUGGCUUCUGCUCUGCAAAGAGCAUGGUUGAGCUAACAUGUCAUAUUCUUGAGAAUGCAACAUCACUUGAAAGUCUUACACUGGACACCGUAUUACAUUGGGAGGUAAAUGGUGAAAUUAGAAGGUGUUCUGUCCAAAAAACCGGUGAAUGCAGGCACUUGUGCAGGGAUAUGAUCUUGGAAGCGCAUAAAGCACUCAGGGCUGUCGAAAGGUACAUCCUGGGAAGGGUUCCCUCUACAGUGAAGUUAAAUGUUGGGGAGCCUUGCAGCCGGUGCCAUGCUAUAGAUGUUAAGUUAUCGUAAUUAUCCAAUAUUUAACUAUGCAGUGUUGCAUAUGUUGCUGUCAUAAGUCAUCAUUUUUCAUUGUUAGGUCUUGUCCAAUAUUUAACUAUGCAAUGUCGCAUAUGUUGUCAUAACUGUUCAUUGUUUAGGUCCUGUGAUAUCACACUUAUGUGCUUUAUUUCUAAGUUAUCGCAAUUUUUCAAUGUUGUGCGCUUUA